UAGGUGGAGUGGGUAUGAUGGACGAGCAAUAGGUAAAUAUGUUAAAAAGACGAGAGGAAGAGAAAUCGAUUAAAGGUGAGAAAUGGAUAUAAAUUUAAUAAUUUAAAAAUAAUAAAAUUAUAUUUUUAUUUUUUCAUUUGUGCUUUUUUUUUUUUGCACGUGGUAACACGUGCGAUAUUUUUUCGACAACAAAGUUAACGACGCAGACAUUUACUCUUAUAUAGUGCAACUCGCCAUGUAGGAACUAACUUGGGACAUUGCGGUAUAAAUGGAGCGAGGAGGUAAGAGGGGGGACACGAUCAACCAGCGAAUCCAGCAGCCCAGAGGCGGAAAUGGGCAUCCGAGAGAUGGAGAUCUCGGGCCACAAGCUCAUCAUCCACGAGGGCGACGACUCCAGCGACCCCUCCACCGGCCGCGCCCUCACCGGCUCCUGGCUCUGGGACGCCGCCAUCCACCUCGCCGAGUGGAUGGCCGCCGACGGAGGCCCCCACCUUGCCGGCGUCACCGUCCUCGAGCUCGGCGCCGGGACGGGCCUCCCGGGCCUCCUCGCCGCCGCCAUGGGCGCGGCCCGCGUGGUGCUCACCGACGUCGCCCAGCUCCUCCCGGGCCUCCGAGCCAGCGCGGAGGCCAACGGGUUGGGGAGCCGCGUGGAGGUGCGCGAGCUGCGGUGGGGCUCGGGCGAGCAAGCGGUGGCGGAGGCCGACGUGGUGCUGAUGUCGGACGUGUUCUACGACCCGGAGGAGAUGGGAGGGCUGGCCAGCGCGAUGAGGGCGGCGUGGGGGGAGAGCACGACGGGGUGGGCGGCGAGCGAGGUGAGGCCCGGCGUCGGGGAGUGCUUGGAGGCGCUGAGGCGGGAGGGGUUCGAGGUGGUGGAGGUGGAAGAGAGGGUGCGGCCGUUGUUGCGGGCGGAGGGAGAGACUUCGGUGUUCGCCGUGUAUCGCAUCAGGCGCGCUUAAGCAAACAAAGCAUGGGGAAGCGUUUCCUCCACAUAAAUUCCUCCUCCAUUUUGCAUUGCAAAUUAAUAGAAAAUUAGCUACUUUGUGUCGUAAUUAAAGAAAAAUCAAACUACUAUUUUUAACCACAAGACCCAUAAAUCAACUAACUUUGAUGAAACGAUGAAGAUGGUAAUAUAUCAUUAAUCCAUUAGUUUCCCAUGAAGUUUCUUAGAGAAUUACAUGAGAUUUCGGGGAGGAUAAGGAUGUGGAACCAAUUAGACAAAAUAAUCAAGUCCAGUAAACCCAUAAUAUAUGAAGCUAAAAGUCUAAUCCUACUCUGAACGCAAACUUGAAAGCUCCACCCAAAGCCCUCACAUGACAUACUUAUUAUAGACCUUAAUUAUAGAUUUAACUAUAGUCAAGUCUAAUCUAAACACUCGUUAAGCAAAAGACAAACAAGCAAAGUUGAGGUACGAAUCUCUCACCAAACCUCCUUUGCUCUUCUUUUUUAUGUUGUGUGUCUGUAUCUGUGUAAUAUAAUAAUAAUAAUGCCUUUUAUACCUGCCGACAUAUUUAUUCUAUGCGGUAUCUAAUUUUGUCCCUUUGAUGAAAACACAGCUAUUUAUUUGUCUGUAUUUUUGGGUGAUUAUUUGAUAUUAUUGUUUGAAAACAUUUUAUAGUGUGUGUGAUAUGAGAUCAUGAGAAAUGUCGAGAAUAGUGAUAUAGUUGGGUUCAUGCCGUUUGGGCGUGUCACCAAAUCCAGAAUGCCAGACGACACCCACCAGCUGAGAUAUCUCUAUUUGCUUUGUUGGGAUAUGUCACUCCAUUGGCGUGAUGGUGUACAGCUAUCUCGCUUUGUCAGUACGCGGAGAGUUGUUGGCGUUGCCUGAGCGCAGGUCCCCCACAACCCCAGAAUAAGAUGAUGCCCAGUGUAUGUUGGCGUUUGUUUGAAGCAGACAUCACCUUAUUCUUGUUUGGUAAACAGAUUGCAGCGGAGCACUCGAGCUUUGUUUAAUGCCGCAGUCAACACUGGCAGAGGUGAAGGGCUGCAGAGUGUAAGCAAAGGAUCUCU